GGCAGCGGCAACUUGGAUCGGGCAACCGACGGACAGCUCGCAAUUUCUUUAGGAUCCCUGGCAAGCAGCUUGUAGUGCCACCGUAAUAACGAGGGCGACAAUGAUGAUGACAGCGACGACGAUGAUAUGCUUUUUCCGGCGUACUCGCGCGCACUCAAUGCAUCGCGUAUGAUUCUGCCGCCGCCGGCACUUUCUCCGCCAGUUACACCGUAUGUGUUUGGCACCUCAAGCAUAUCGCAAACCUCACGCGGCGGAGAUAGCAGUGGCCUGUCAUUAUCAAUGCUGACCAGUCGGGGCACCGGGUUUGCGUUGUCAAAGUACGGCAAUUACGCGGCUGUGGUGCAGUCGCGUCAGCAUCUGGAAAUCAUCGGCUGCGACCAGAUGUCCCGGUACCUGUACUCAGAGCCGCAGUUUCCAACGUUUAGAGUGUCGCAGUGGACCACCAUGCCGCUACCAAGCACUGUGCACAACCUGAAUCAAGCUGGCAUGCUGAACAUGCGCGGAACCGUGCAGGCAAAAUCGACCCCCGAACUGAUGCGCAGGUACACGAGGGCUGUUGCUCGCAGGUCCAAUGCAUCGUCGGCCAGAUUGUCAUUGGCCAAACAGACCCAGUUGACAAACGCGGUCUCGCUUAGGCCAAACUCCUUUUCUAUUCACAGUGGUCGCAGGGCGCGGCCAAAGUCGCAAGGCAACGGCAAUGGCGUGGACUGGAGCAAAGGUGCCUGAGCAUGCCUCGGCUACCGCCAACCACUCUGGAGGAUGGCAUGCGCGAGUCGCUGUUGGAGCCGGUGCAAAAUAAUUCAACAUCGGUGGCUUCUCCCAGCAUAAAUAGC